UAGAAAAAUGUACAGCAAUCACAGAAAAACGUGAAAAUAUCUAAAAAGAAAACGAUUCGCCAAUAAACAUCAUCGGUACGGCACGAAAAUAGGUAACGCUGUCACCAAAGAUUCCGCUGCUGCGGUUCACGUGCCCUCUUCGUUCAUGGGAGGCAUUCCGCCCGGAGGAGGACGCAGAGGAAGUGAUUCGUCUCCCCCGACUGGAGACGAAAAAGAAAAAGUCGACACGGAUCCCUUCAGCCAUGUCGAUUUUGAAUCUGUUAGAGGGCUUGAUGAUCAGAAAAACUGGAUAAUAAAUAACAUUGUGGAUGCUAUGAACGAUCCUCAACAACAGGAAUUAUGGGGCAUUCCCAUGCCUAAGGGAGUUCUCUUUCAUGGCCCACCAGGAACUGGAAAAACCCUCCUCGCCAGAGCAUUUGGUAACGAAGUAUCAAAGUUGACCGGCAAAAAGGUGGAAUUUUAUCACCGAACAGGUGGAGAACUGUCCUCCAAGUGGUUCGGAGAGUCAGCUCGACUUAUCAAAGCCUUGUUCACCGAAGCAGAGCAGAAAGCCCCCGCCAUCAUCUUCCUGGAUGAACUGGAUGGAUUUUGUGGUUCCAGAAAUGAUAGGUCUUCUCAAGCUCGGAUCGGAGUGGUGACUUCGCUAUUGGGUCAAAUGGACACGCUAACUCCUGGAAAAGUUUUCGUGUUUGGGGCGACAAAUCGAAUCGAUUCCAUCGAUCCUGCAAUGCGACGGCCUGGACGAUUUGACAAAGAGUUGCAAUUCUUUCUCCCAAGUCUUGAAGCGAGAAAGGAAAUCCUCACUCUGCACUCCAAAAUGUGGAAGAGGAGUCAUCCAGAAGGUGAACUGCUGGACACCGUGGCGCAAAAGACGGUAGGCUACUGUGGGGCUGAUUUAGAGAACUUGUGUCGAGAAACCUUCCACGCUGCGUUUGCAAGACACGUCCCAAAUCUGGAUGAUGAACCGGAAGGAGGAAUCGGUAGCAUGGAGAUCAAACUAGAAGAUUGGAUGGUAGCCCUGAAGGUCCGAAAUUCCAGUGGCAAUUCCUCAUUCGGAUCAGCAAUUUAUAUCCCAAAGAUGCCCUCAGUUGAACUAAACCCACUUCUGGUUCGAAUGCAAAAGGAAAUUAUUGAUGAGGUGACACAAGUUUUCCCCAAGGAGGAAGUCACUGCCUCCACGUCACUGGAAAAGGAUAAGAUUUCCAAGUCACCGGCAGAGGUGGCCACAUUUUACUUUUGGAACGACAGUCCAUAUUCAGGAGAUUUUGCCCUAGAGUCGCUAAUCCUUCCCGGCGUCUUCGCUCACGAGAUACUCGGCGACGUCCCCAUUUUUAUCUUGAACAAGGAAACGAUUCUCUCAAAAUACUCGUCGCAUCGAGUCACAACAAUUGCAAAUGUAAUUAUGCAGGCCGCAUCUUCUGCGAAACGAUGCAUAAUUUACAUCCCUCAGCUGGAAGGAAUGGUCAGAGUUUUGGACAAUGACACAUUCGACCUUUACGACCAACUGAUUCAUCUCCGAGGGAAACACGUCCUCCUCGUUGCGACCGGGUCCGUCCAACCUAAUCAGAUUUCUGACCCACUCCUCCGAUCACUCUUUACGAGAACUACCCAAAAGUCGUACAAAAUUCCAACUAUUUCUGCCACCGAGCGUAGAAACUACUUUCAACCAAUUUUUGCUGACCUACAAAAAAUUAACCCAACAAUUAGUCUUGACGUUGCUCUUGAGUCUACUGUCACACGCAGUGAAGGGGACCCUAUUGAAACCUUGGCAUCUUUAACGGAUCAGCUCUACGUAACGAUGCAUAAGACAAAGGAUUCUCAAGAUGAUGUUCUUGGUCAAAUCAACAAGUUGUUGGUGCAUUAUUCGAAAACAAGAUUCAGAUUUUAAAGACAUUACUACAAAAUAAGCAAAUAAGUAAAUAGACUAUAAUACAAUUAAUACACAAUUGGCUUAACUUUUACCAAACUGUUUUGCCUGGAGCCAAAUACAACAUUAAUAAACAAGACUUGA